GUGCACUCGAGUCACGGAGUCGUGAGAGUCCGCCGGCAGCAGCAGCUCUGCCCCCGAGGUCACCGAGGUCACCCGACAGUCACACACAGACACACACCAUGCCGCGCGUAGGGGCCGCUGGAAAGCGCGAUCCGCAGCUGGAGGCUGAUGUCAAGGAGUGGAUCGAGGCCGUCACCGGCGAGAAGUGGCCCGCUGGCGACUAUGCCCACGUCCUCAAGGACGGUCAGGUGCUCUGCAAGCUGAUGAACAAGCUGAUGCCGGGAUCCAUCAGCAAGAUCAACACCACAGGUGCCUCCUUCAAGAUGAUGGAGAACAUCAACAACUUCCAGAAGGCGAUGGUCAAGUACGGCUGCUCGGACGUCGACCUGUUCCAGACUGCUGACCUGUACGAGGGCAAGGACAUCGCCGCCGUCACCAACUCCAUCUUCGCCCUCGGCCGCCAGACCCACAUGCACCCGGAGUGGCCGGGCCCUUGGCUGGGCCCCAAGCCCGCAGAGUCCAACGUGCGGACAUUCGAUGAGGAGACGUUGGCUGCAGGCAAGGCGGUGAUUGGACUGCAGGCUGGCACCAACAAGGGAGCGACACAGGCCGGACAGAAUAUGGGCGCCGGCAGGAAGAUCAUCCUUGGAAAGUAGACGGCUUUCAGACCUACAUGCACCCGGAGUGGCCGGGUCCCUGGCUGGGCCCCAAGCCCGCUGAGUCCAACGUCCGCGAAUUCGACGAGGAGACCCUGGCCGCCGGCAAGGCGGUGAUUGGACUGCAGGCUGGCACCAACAAGGGAGCCACGCAGGCCGGCCAAAACAUUGGUGCCGGACGGAAGAUCAUCAUCGGAAAGUAGGGGGAGACGGCGAGACUGUCAUCUUCAUAACCACACAUCUGUGUCGUGUACAAUGCUUACUGCGAGGAGGAAUCGUGGCGGAAAGUGUGCCCACAAUAUGUCACUCACAUUGUAUUAUAUUAUUUUUAGUUCAGAAGCGAUGAGAUAUGAAAUGUCUCAGCGCAUUUAUAUACACUGUAUUAUUACUG